UGAGUGCAAAGGUAAUUUGAAAACAACAACACAAUCGCGUGUCAAACUUGAGUUAGGCAGCUAGUUAGUAACUUAGUUAUUGGUUUGUAAAGUGUGAAACACUGGCAGUAGGAUAAUAGUAUCUAGACAAAUUAUAACCAAAGCACCGCAAGCUAAUCGUUAGCGUUUCACGUCUGCGUAGAGUGUGUUGCAUUGCUAGUUAAGCUAGCCGAAAGAGCGUCAGUACAGAGCAAGUAUCAUACGGGUCUUCGGUCGCAUCAACUCAACAGCGCUGUGGAGGACUAGCUCGAGCUUGCUGGCUUGCUAGCUACUGUUUCCUCCAGCGAAGUGGCUCCGAUGGCGAAGAACACUCUUUCGUCGCGAUUCAGGAAACUCGACAUAGAUGAAUUUGAUGAGAACAAAUUCGUUGAUGAUCACGAUGAAGCUGUCGAUAAUCAGGGACCGGACGGCGCAGAGAUAGACAAUCUCCUCAGGCAAGGGGACAUGAUGACAGCAUUUCACAUUGCUCUGCGGAACCCUCCUUUAAACACUAAGAAUCCGGCAAUAAAGGAAAGAGCUCAGGCAAUAGUGCUGAGGGUGUUGACAUCGUUCAAGUCCAGCGAUAUCGAGCCAGCCGUCAAGUCACUUGACAGAAGUGGGGUGGACCUGCUCAUGAAAUACAUCUAUAGAGGUUUCGAGAAGCCCUCUGACAAUAGCAGUGCCAUUCUCCUACAGUGGCACGAAAAGGCUUUCGCAGUCGGUGGCUUAGGGUCAAUUGUCCGUGUUCUGACGGCCCGAAAGACAGUUUAAACACGUGGAGCAUCUCCCGGAUGACCACUGGGAAGAGGAGUGUCUGCCUUCUGUGGAAGGGAAAGUAGCUUAUAUUUACCACAGUCCAUUUUUCCUGAAAACCCAUACACUACAUGAGUUAAACACAAAAAAGGGAACACUAUUUUCAGUUCCAAAAUAUGGGAUAGCAAACUGUUACUAAGGAAAAGAUGUUAUAUGUUCAUGUAUAGGAUUAUACUUUUUACCCCAAUCACCAGUUUGUUGUUCUCUAUUUCUCUAUUGCAUUUCUGUUCUUGUAAUAUGGAGAAACAGCAUUUGUUUCUUUUGGGGAUGGGGGCGGGGGAAGAAAGACAGCUGCCCCAAUAACAAGACAUGAUCACAGGAAGGCUGUGCCUCGAGUGUUACUUGGUACUGUACCUUUAUAACAGUGUGUGUGUGUGUGUGUGUGUGUGUGUGUGUGUGCGUGUGUCAAAUUGAGUAUGCUUGCAAGUGUAUGUCCAUGGCUCACGUCAGUGUUGAAUAUUUAGAUUUCUUUUCUUUUUUUUCAUUUUUGUACAGCCAGAGAAGUACAUUUAAUAUAAAGAGAUUGAGAUUCAUUGAAUUCAAUUAAUUGGUAUGUCGGGGGCGGGGCGGGAGAUAGUGAACAAUGGGGGAUUUCAUUGUAAAGUGCCUGCUGCAAUAAAACUCAUGGAUCAUCUUAA